GGCGCCCGGGCCCCGUGGCGGGUUCACUGCCCUCGGCUAUGAGGUCCUGCGCGGCUGGUGCGGCUCCGCUCCUGUUGUCGGCGCCGCCUCGGUCCCACUGCCCGCCCUGGGUAGCGUCUCCGCCCUCGGCGGGAGCGGGGCGCUCUCAGACUGACUGGCUUUUUCUUAAUAUUUCGGCUCUCGUCCGCGCCCGUCGUGCCCCUGCAGGGAUUGGCGCGAGUCACCUUGGCGUCUCCUUAACCCUUGUGUCCCUGGCGUCAUCUCUGACUCUCCUAGGGGCGACUUCUUGGCAGAGCGGAGCUCGGGGCCCGGAUCUCCACAGGGGCUCUCAGUGACCCCUUCUGGACUCAGUCCGGGAAUGAGUUUGUGGGGUGAGAACACCGUCCCCAGUGCGGGGCCUGGCUGUUCGAUUUUCUCCGAAGCACCAAAAGGUGACUUCCCGCGAGGGCGAUGAGUAGUAGCCCGAGAGGCACAUCCCCGACAGUCUCGGACCUAAGCAGCCCGGUGGACUUUGGGGCGACCUGCCGCGGGACUUGGCCCGCCGAAUGCAGACAUUCGGGCCUGCCGGGGUGGCGGCAGUGGGGCGUCGAGUCGAGAGGCCGGCCGACCGACGCGCGACCCGCGCGCGUGCCACUGCAAGCUCUGCCUGCCGGCCGGGAGUCUCCAAGGCAAGGGACGCACUCGGCGGCCCCGGGCCACGUGCUCCCUGCGCGCGGUGCGUGCCGAGGCCCGCGCGCAAAGCCCGCCGGGCGGGGGAUGCGCGCCUGCGCGCCGCGACCUCCCUGCCCCCACUGCUCCCCGGGGCUUCGGCCGCCAGGGGGCGAGAGCGGGCGGAGCCGGGGUCCGCGGAGCGGGGCGGGCCGGACUGAGAGGGCCGACAGGUGGCCCGGAGCCGCUCGCCGGACAGCGGCCGAGGGGUUCCCGCAGGCCCGGACGCCGGACCUCUGUUGGUAUUGGCGGCCGUGUCGUGUGGAAAAAGUUACCGGGCGCCCGGGGCCGCGCUGCCUUUUGGAUCCCGGGCAGAGUCCCACCCCCGAGGACUUAAAGGAGAAGAAGGAAGUUGUGGAAGAGGCAGAAAAUGGAAGAGACGCCCCUGCUAACGGGAAUGCUGAGAAUGAGGAAAAUGGGGAGCAGGAGGCUGACAAUGAGGUAGAUGAAGAAGAGGAAGAAGGUGGGGAGGAAGAGGAGGAGGAAGAAGAAGGUGAUGGUGAGGAAGAGGAUGGAGAUGAAGAUGAGGAAGCUGAGUCAGCUACGGGCAAGCGGGCAGCUGAAGAUGAUGAGGAUGACGAUGUCGAUACCAAGAAGCAGAAGACCGACGAGGAUGACUAGACAGCAAAAAAGGAAAAGUUAAACUAAAAAAAAAGGCCGCCGUGACCUAUUCACCCUCCACUUCCCGUCUCAGAAUCUAAACGUGGUCACCUUCGAGUAGAGAGGCCCGCCCGCCCACCGUGGGCAGUGCCACCCGCAGAUGACACGCGCUCUCCACCACCCAACCCAAACCAUGAGAAUUUGCAACAGGGGAGGAAAAAAGAACCAAAACUUCCAAGGCCCUGCUUUUUUUCUUAAAAGUACUUUAAAAAGGAAAUUUGUUUGUAUUUUUUAUUUACAUUUUAUAUUUUUGUACAUAUUGUUAGGGUCAGCCAUUUUUAAUGAUCUCGGAUGACCAAACCAGCCUUCGGAGCGUUCUCUGUCCUACUUCUGACUUUACUUGUGGUGUGACCAUGUUCAUUAUAAUCUCAAAGGAGAAAAAAAACCUUGUAAAAAAAGCAAAAAUGACAACAGAAAAACAAUCUUAUUCCGAGCAUUCCAGUAACUUUUUUGUGUAUGUACUUAGCUGUACUAUAAGUAGUUGGUUUGUAUGAGAUGGUUAAAAAGGCCAAAGAUAAAAGGUUUCUUUUUUUUCCUUUUUUGUCUAUGAAGUUGCUGUUUAUUUUUUUUGGCCUGUUUGAUGUAUGUGUGAAACAAUGUUGUCCAACAAUAAACAGGAAUUUUAUUUUGCUGAGUUGUUCUAACAAA